GGUUCGGCUGGGCCCUCGUCUUCACGCCUUCCAUGGCCACCGUGUCUCAUUAUUUUGAGAAGCGGCGGACGCUGGCCAUGGGCUUGGCGGUUUCAGGCGCCGGCGUCUCUUCCCUGGCCUUUUCCCCACUCUUCCAGUACCUGGUGGACUCGUACGGCUGGCGGGGCGCGCUCAUGUUGGUGGCGGCCAUGUCGCUGAACCUGGUGGCGUCUGGAGCUCUACUGAAGCCCUUGGCCUUGGAGGGAGACCCAGCGCCCAAAGGCCAGGCCGCAAAAUGGCCGGCGACUCUCGCCACGCUCUUCAGCCUGAAGCUCUUGUCCCACGGACCUUUCAUGCGCUACGUCUUGGCUUUCGUCCUGGUAGACGCAGGCUACUUCGUCCCUUACGCCCACCUGGUGGCCCACGCAAGAGAGGUGGGAUGUGAUGAGUACCGAGCUGCCUUCCUUAUGUCCGUGGCUGCCGUCGCGGACAUGUGCGGCCGAAUCUUUGCCGGUUGGCUUGCGGAUUCCAGGCUCUGUGGCCGCCUGCUCCACCACCUGACUCUCUGGACUGUCUUAACCGGGGCAUCGAUUGCUCUGUUGCCCCUGGGGCACAGUUACACCUCGCUCGCAGCUCUGGGCCUCUGCUACGGGUUCUUUGCCGGGGCCCUUGUUCCUCUCCAGUUCACCAGCCUGGUGGAAAUCGUGGGCUCCGGACGCACGCUGGGGGCUAUCGGGCUCAUGCACAUGUUGGAGAGCGGGGGGGCUUUGCUGGGGACCCCGCUUUCAGGGUGGCUGAGGGACCUCACAGGGAACUACGCCGUCUCGUUCAUCACGGCUGGGGCCUUCCUCUUGGCGAGUAGCUUCAUCCUGGCCACACUCCCAAACUACUUCUCCUGCUCCAGGCCGUCCGAAGCAGAGGAGGAGGGGGCAAGAAGGCCUCAGGACCAUGAUGCCUUGGAGUUAUCUCAACAGGACCGAGACCUUUUGCAGCCGGAGGCGAAGUCUCGUCAGCCCGCCCCGGGAGAGAAGUCGCCGAACAGCCUCUCGCCCUGGACCGCUCUGGUGUCGCGUGAAGGGAGUCUCUGA